GGUAGCUUCAAGUUCGCCGCUUUAAUACCGGCAGAUCUACGAUGUAGUUAUGCCGAAGAAAACUACAAGGCAUGUGAAAGAGUCGGGAUCAACGAGAAGUUCUCAUCAUAAAAGCAAUAAUUCCGCAAUUGGGCCGGAACAGGAAACAAAACACUUUAGAAGCGUUCGCAUCGGUCUUACCAACGGCAAGCGUUGGCUCUCUCUUAAGAAACGCUUAGGUUUAUCAACGGAUGAAGAUGUUGCGGUUUAUCUGCUCGAUCUUGCAGAGUCCACUUCCAGACACUGCGACAAAUACAAUGGAGAAGACCAAAGAGCAAUGGAUCAAGACAAAAAGAACAAGACGCAAAUGGCACAGACCGAAAACAUGAUAGAUGAUACAAAGGAAUCUCUUCGUCGGAGUCUGAGGAAACAAAAUAGUAAUGUUGCUUCAGAACGUGAAGCUUUUUCUAUGGAUACUGCACGAACUACAUUAACCAAUGAUGUUGAGUUAUGUGCAAGACGUAGUUCAAGAUCUAAACAUCAUAAGAACAGAGCCAAGCAUCACAAAGACAAACGAAAAAAGAAACGACACCUUAAAACUGUCGAUGUACUUUUAUCAAUAGAAACUGCUAAACAAUUAUCCACUGAGUCACCAGCAGAAGACAAAAAACAAAUUACUGUGAAAAAAGAUAAUUCUAGAAUAGUGAAUGAAAUUGGUAUAGAGCCAAAUUUAAAAAAUAGUCUUCGCAUCGCUACAAGAGAGGUUGAAUCUGUUGCAACAAAGACUGAACACGUAGGUAGCAUAGAAUUUAUAGGAAGUGUAAAUACUAACAAAAAUGUACUUUAUCAUGCCAUCAAAGAUGUUGAUGUGGAAAACACUGUGACGAUUAAUAACCAGUGUGAGCAGUUGAAAUUGAAUAGUCUAACAACAAUUCCCACUGUUAAGAGCAAUGCCAAUGAAACUACCAUUGAACAAGUCACAAAUACAUUGGGUACAAUGUCUUCUAGUGCAGCUUCUUGCAUUCAACCUGCAGAGACAAGCGACAAUAAAAAUGUUUCGUGCGACAUUUGUUAUGAUGAUAACAGCGAACAUGUCAGUACAAUAGCUAAUUGUUCCAGCUUGAAUACAAAUGCAACUCAAGAAACAAAUAGUCGAAAAUUGAAAAAGAAACGAAAACGAUUGAAAUAUGAUAAUCAAGAGGAAGAAGAUGAUGAUGCAAAAGAAGAUUCGUCCGAAGAUUUUCUAGAUGAUUCUGCCCAUAAGCACAGAAAGAAAAGGCAUAAACGUAACAGCGAACACAGGAGUCGUAGGCAUCAUGAUGUCCGGAAAGCGCCCCAAGAUGGAAUAAUCGUGCAGGAUGAAAGAAACGCCGGUUCUCUAACGGACGAUGUAUCAGCAAUUGCAGCUUCAAAAUCUCAAAGCGAAGCGAGCCCUGAAAAUGUAUUAUCCGAGCCGCAAAGAUUAGCUAUUAAAAUAAAACUCUGUCAGGAAUGUAAUAAUCGUCACUUACAAGAUGCCUGUCCCUUGACCACGCCUCAAUAUGCGAUCCCGGAUUCCAUAUCGUACGAGGAAUGGUUAAAUCAGCACAAAGAAAAUUCCGAAGUUUUAAAAGCUAUAAAAUGUGAUGAUCCUAUGUCUGAAGGAUAUGGAAAAAUGGCCGAGGAUAAUAUCGAGUCCGAUGAUGAAUCUUUACUUACCGAACACUGUAAAAUGAAAAUGAAAGCUCAAAAGGAAGAGAAACGAUUGAUUGUAGAUGCGGACCGACCAUUGUAUGCCAGAGAUUCUAUACCUGAAUGCUUGGAAUUAAAAAUCACUAAUUCGGAACACGGACUUGGAAUAUAUGCGAAAAAUUCUGUUCCAAUGCACGUUAAAUUAGGUCCUCUCGUCGGACGAUUAGUUAGGGAAAUGGACAUUCCUGAUGAUUUUUCCAUGAGACAUAUUUGGGAGAUAGAUAAUAAUGGUAAAACUUCGUACCUAAGUACCACCAACCCAUUAAGGAGUAAUUGGAUCCGUUAUAUUAGGCCGGCCGAGACAAAGGAGAAAAGAAGUGUAGCUGUAAUUACGAAGCAGGGAGAAUUGCAUCUUGUUACUACACAAAAUAUUGUGUCGGGAAUGGAACUAACAUAUUGGGCAGAUUCACAAUCUUCAGCAUGGACAAGAAAGAAUAAAGUAGACAAAACGAAUUGUGGGGGAUGCAAUUUGAAUUUUGCUCAUCCGAUAUACUAUCGUCUACACUGUUGUAUCUUCCAUGAUACCAAUUACAGUUUGACGAUAAGAAAGUAUCAUUGCAAGGUAUGCGGAGCUGCUGUUCUAGGCAAGGACAACAUUAUGAAGCAUGCUGCAGAAUUACACGCAGGUCAGGGCGCAUACCAAUGUCAAUAUUGUAAAAAAUUCUUUUUACGUUUGAAUUACCUCGAAAUGCAUCGAACUUACGGGUGUGCACAGAACCCGCAACGCUCAAGACCAUUAUGCGAUUUUUGUGGGCGCAAGUUUUGUCAACCACAAAAGUUGAAAGUGCAUAUUAAACGAAUGCACAGUGAUAUGUCAGAGGUGCUUCGAGAGUUUCAAUGUAAACUAUGUUUGAAACUUUUGGGUUCUCGUGCCGCCCUUCAACGUCACAUGAAAGAGGUUCAUCACAAAGAUGUUGUCGGCGCUGCGACAUGCGAUCGAUGCGGAAAAAUGUUUCAAAAUAAGAGUAAUCUAAAGAUACACAUGUUAACGCACAGCGGAGUGAAACCGUUCAAGUGCAAAGAAAACAGUUGCAAAGCGGCUUUCACCACUAAACAGUGUUUACAAUUUCAUUACAAGAAAGUACAUGGUCUUACGGAGGAGAUGAUGCCGAAAAUCGAACGAUCCGUCGCGUAUACUUUCGAUGCGUAUAGCGGCGGGCUGAUCGAAGAUGUUGGUCGUGGAAAGACUCCUCGGCCUAGCGGAAGAACUUCUCAGCAAGAUAACAGUAAUAACAGUAUGACAUCUUUGGACAAUGACAGUUCAGAAAAUGGCUUGAAGGUUGAAGCGGCAAAUAAUUCUGCCCAUUCAACUAUAAUCGAGUUUGGAACGAAUCCCACGUCCAAGUAUAAAGUAGAGCAUAACCCACGAAUUUCAACACCGCCGUCGGCAUCGAGUACUCUUGAGCCGACAACGGUAGAAAACGUUCGUACAGAAACGGAUUUUUAUGGCGUUUCUAGAUUGCAGAGUAAAGGUAGUAAAAAGUGGCUUGGUGAAUUUAAUCCCUCGACAACGUCAGACAUGACCGUAGUAUCAAAUACGAUACCUCGUCUGUCGACAAGUGUCAUUACUGGGAAUACUUACGAAUUUGAAGAUAACAGAAAGGAGGUUGACGAAAAAACAUCACUGUCGACAGUCACGGGGAGGGCACAGAGUAUUAUGGAGAAUAGUAAGCUGGGACUUGGCGUUUAUAGAAGAACCGAGAGCGCGAAUGCUAGUUUGUUGGUCGAAGCUGCACUCGACGCCGCUGAAAGAGAAAUAGGAGCUGUAUCAAGUCCUAUGUUGGAAGACAAUGGUCGUGACACUAAUCUCUACUCUAUCUCUAGCCAGCUACAAUCGCCAUUACCUCAAAGAUCACCGAACCACUUGGAUUCCUAUAUGCAGCAACAAGCAGAAUUGUUAUCGCCUGCGCCUACACCAGACAACCGAAAUACGCCACCUUCUUAUUUACAUGUCGACUAUCAAUUGCAUCGGCCUGUCGACUACAUUGGUACACCAAGGGCACAUACUAUCGAUCAAUAUUUACAUCACGAGGACAUACCGCGCGUUCCUUCGCCAAAUAAUUACAUUCACAUACAACAGGACGAUUUAGUGUCACCUUCAGCAACGCCAAAUUCACGAUAUCAGAAUGUACAUCAUCAUCAUCAUCACCACCACCACCAUCACCAUCAUCAGCAACAGCUGGCUGCAGAGAAUUUGUCCAGCGACGAAGGUGACUCUGUAGCGCAAAACCUCAGUCUGUCUGUGAAAGAGAAAUCGAUGCAGCUGGAUCUAUCAACAUCAUACAAAUAUGAUACUCUUGAACAAUGCCCUAUCGUUCUCAACGGCGGGGAGCUUCAGGGUUUGGAUAUGUCCGCGAGGGGAUUUCACCACGGCUUUGGUGUGCAAAUACAAAAUACCGCUCGUUAUCAUCACCAUCAUUUAUACGAAAUUACAGAAAGACAAAGCGUUGAUCUCAGCAGGACCGGAAGCUAUUCGAUGUCACCUACACCUCUUUCGCCAGUCUCUCAACCACCGCCUGUUACUGUAGCAGCUCCACCUCCUCCCCCUUUACCUUCCUCUGUUCCUGCCGUUGUCCCUCCACCUCCGCCUCCACCACCCCCGACACCACCGCCGCCACCGCCCUAUCCUCACAACGACAUCUUAAGAGUCGUAAGUUUGGAUCUCACUCCUGGUGGAAGGCAUACCGUCGAUCUCACUCUUUCGAGAUCUCAUUUACACGGAUCCGGAGCUCGCGUGAUCGCAAGUCCUCAAUCAACAGGCUCCGGUACUCCUCACGUCGUACCUGAUGCGGUGGAUGGCCGAAUUUUGUCUUCCUCCUCGCCACCGCCUCCUUUGACAGGAUACAACCCAAGUUAUCCUGUAAGUCCUGCGCCGUAUCAUCCGCCUAGACCAGGAUACCAUCAUUACUCUGGUUACUAUUGAUCAGCUGAUAUAGUCAACUGACUCGCGUUCGGUUCGUCUCAGGUAUUCACGUCAGUACUGACUUUUUCAGUAUUUUCAAUUUCUCUUCUACUCUUCGAUUUUCUUCUCACACAUAUUCGCGUAUAGUUGCCUUUAUUAAUUCUUCUCUUAACUACUAUCCUUGCGAACGCAUGGUCGUCCUCUUCCAUUAUAUUUUCAAAUACACGUCGAGUCGAUUUUAUUACGAAUCUUCUCGCAGAACGCACGAUCGUCACUAUAGAAACGUUUUACUUGCGAAUAGGCGAGAAUAACACAAGAGUCAGAAUGCUGUCAUUUUAUAACAACUGCGACGUAAAGCGCAGUUGUUCGUAGAAAUCGUCAAUUUUGUUAUUUAUGUUUGCCUUUCUCGCUUUUUAUCGGAGUAGUUCUAUAAAUUAUGAGGCCGUGUAACGCUGAAUAUGCAAUUUCUAAUCUCUGUUAAUGUUGGUAACGUUUUUUGAUCAACGCGUUGAUGAGAUGGACAAACAACAUAGGUAAAUCACGGAAUGUCAGGACUUGAUUUGGUCUUUCGUCAGUCAAAAUUUGUAAAAUAAAAUUUAUAAAACUUAUAAAAUAACCGAAACUUAACUUUAGACACGUUAAAAAUUUGUAAAACCCUUUAUCUUUCGAAUGAAAGUACAACUCUGAAUCAGAGACGCGCACAAAUGUA